CUUCAACCACGGCAGCCUGAUGCAAAUGUUAAUAAUUCUGCAUAAUGAUCAUAAUUUCAAUGAAACUUAUUUUAACAGUGGGUUUUGGCUGCUUAGAGAGUGUUUAAUAUGCUUCAGACUCAAUCUGUUUUUAUCAAGUGUUUUCCUGAAAAUAAAAAUAUGUUUAUCAGCAAGCAUGCAGAAAAUAUUAAUUUCUUGCACACAAACAAUGAUGGAGGACUUUAACGCAUCAGAUUAAAAGUUUACUUUAGCCUGAAAAAAUUGCUGUAAUUCAAGGGAGAACUAUAGAUCCCGAUAAUUUAAGAGUCAUCCAAACACCAACAAACAUAAAUCUAUCAGUUGGAGACUACACUGAAAUCACCUGUAUUUGGGAAGAAGCUGUUCAGAGGUGUAGAGCAUACUGGAAUUUUGUUAAUAAAAUGAACAUCACUAAAAGUAUAUCAUCAAAACUUCUCUAUUUGUCCAACAUCACCCAUGAAAACAAGGAUGUGCUAGUCAUCAAAUCUGCCAAUGUAAAUGACACUGGAUUUUACUACUGUGAGAUAAUUAUUGAAAUACCUUUCCUUAAGAAACUACGUGGAAAUGGGACAACAGUGGUUGUCGAAGAGAAAGAAGCUCACUCACUGGAAAGGAGGUAUUUGGAAGCAUGGGCCAUCCUUCCUUUUUUAGUGGCAGAGGGAAGCUUGUAUCUUUGCUACAAAAAGAAACAGCACUCCACCCUACCUGGUGCUGCACUGCCUCCUGUGCUGACAGCAAGGCAAGAGCAGGAGCAGAGACUUGAGGUGGAAGAGCCUCCUGGGAGAAAUGAAUCCACCAGGGAAGCAGCUGAGGAAAACUCAUCAUCCAAUUCUGCUGAAUGGGCUGUGUCUAUGCUUUAUGAAUCACUUGAAAUUAUUUGCAAUGAAUCAGGAGGAAAAGAUGACAAAUCCACUGUGACUACUGUAUCUAAUGGAGAAGAUGAGCAAAUCCCACAAACUAGGGCAGCUGAAAAGCCUAGAAUGAGACAAGAAUCUUCUACCUACCUUGACAUUCAGAACUAAACAAAAUAUGGCAAAAUAACUAUGAAACUGAAAAAUAUGAUAAUUUGCUGCUGCAAGAUGGAUUACAUGUUUCCUGUCAAAUGCUUGUCAGUGGGACAAUAUACAAGAAAAACAGUUGGCUCUAAGCAGGUUUUGUGUGUUUUGUCACUAACAAAACAUUCUAAGGAGUCUCUGAAUUUAGAGGAUAUGUCUUUUAGGAGACUGUCUUCAGCUCUUCCUCUGGUGUCCAGAAAUACCCUGUUUACCAUACUUUGAAAAAAAACUUCUGGACUGAACAACAUUCUCCAACACAAGCAUUUCUUCAGGAAGCCCAGGAAUGAAUAGGAGAUGGUAGGGACAAAAAUGCAUGGAGUCUGAGCCCUGAAACUGUCAUCAGUUCUGACCACAUCAUAGACAGAGGGGAAUGCCAGAAAGGAUUAUAUUCCUGUGGAAAGGGACUGUUAGUGUUAAUUCAUUCACAAACUAGGAAAAGUCUUCCAGAGAACGAAGUCUCCUACAUACAAUGAAAUAUUAUAAUUAAAUGAAGCUAUAUAUAUAUAUAUAAAAUGUGUAAUUAUUGUCUAACUGGUUGAGGACGGCUGCUUGCAGGAGAUGGGGUGGUAAUGUUUGUUCUACUUUUGCCAGCUUUAAAACUUUUUCAAAAAAUCAUUGAAGAAAAACCAAAGCUGAAAACUUUGGUUUGCUACACAAGAAAACCAUAAUCUGUAAAAUGGUGACCUUCAGCCCAAGUCCCUGUUCAAGCAAGCUCUCAGUUAUGCACCAGAGCUGUAAGUGGGUGCAGUAAAUUUUGGUCUUUCUAUGUACUGCUGCUUACUUCUGAGUUUAAUCACAAUGCGAUGUACAGUUUUCAGGAAAAAUGUUAAAGAAAAGCACAGCUUAAUAGUCUCCAAAUCCUAUUUUCAUUAAAUUUUGAUUAAAUGUGCCUCCUAACAGCAAAGAAUGCUGCCUUCUUAACAGCUACUAGUGUUUUGUAUGUUAACAUGGUCAUUUCCAACAUCUGUAGAAGACUGCACCCAAUUUAUCAUUACCUAUUUUUAUCUGUGGCUGGCAGUGGUGGCUAUGAGCCAGCAGAGUAUUUUAGAGCUCCAGCUUUUGACACCUCUGCCUCAAAUAUAUUAACUUCUCUGCUUCUGUGCCACUUGGGAAGCAAUAAAUCCUUCUGUGUUUUAGUUCUUCUUGGCUGUUUUGUUAGCUUUGAAACAAAAACAGCACUCUGUAAUUAACCUCAGGUCACGUUCUAGCAUGCAGUACGAUCUCAGUUUUAACUGCCUGUUUAGCUGAUGAGUAUAUAAUGAAUAAACCUGCUUAAUAAUAGAACUUGAAAACAGUCCUGGGCCCUUGCUUUUAGCCAUUUUAUUGGUUAUUCUCUUUUGAACAAGCUGCUGAAAAAUGAUGGUUCCAUUCCAUUUAAUUUGAUGCCCAAAGUCCUGUGUUGAGCACAGGCUGAAACACGCUGAUUUAGGAGCAAGUCUGGCACAGUGAAUUCAAAAGCCUUGUGUGUGCUCUAUGCUUUUAAUAUCUCACCAAUGUACUUGGCUUAGUCAUAGUCCUACAAAUGAGGCUCCCUCUCUGCUUCUGUCACGCUCCUGACACUGGUUUGCAGAGCUAGUACAGCCUACCUGAGUCUGAACUCUCUCUCUUCCCAAUCCAUUGCAAAACCGUGCAAGGAGUCACAUCUUAUUUAUUCUGCCUAGCACUUGGGUAGCUGCUCUCAGUGACUGAGUAUGAUCCAGCUUGCACAUUUUCUUCCAAGCCCUGGACUGGGGUUCCUUCCUCUCGUUGGAAGAAGAUUAUGGAGCAGGCAUUCCCGGCUCCAUUACAGCAAGGACCCUCAGUGGCAGGCAGGAUGGUGAGGUGUCCCAAUGAAUGUAUUUGCAGAACAGCCCUGUUUGUGUGUGGUGUUGUGGCUGAUGCUCCUGUGCCUGAUAACGGGGCUGUCAGAACAGCAACGAUGUUGUGGAUUAACCCUGUCUGGCAACUGAGCUCUGCACAGCCACUCUCUCACUCCUGCCUCCCCUGGGUGGUUACAGCCAGGGCAGCUGUAAAGGGCUUUUUAUUAUCAUUGUUUCUACUAAGCACUCUUCUAUCAGUUCUUUGUAAACAGGAAACUGCAAAUGCGACUGACAAACAAAUACUCAGAUCAAAAGAAUGUGAAGCAAUUUCUCUAAUGAAGAGAAAGGGCAGGUGAUUAUUUGUCAGUGUUUCUUGUUUUCUACAUAAUGUGAAAUGCUGAGAUGGGAGGAAGGAUUUUUAUGAACACUCAAAAUAAAACAGCUUUGGCUAAGUUGC